UCCAUCUCUCUCUCUCUCUCUCUCACACACACACACACACUGAGCUGUGAAGCAGGAGCUCAGCAGUGACAUGACCGUCACUCCUCUGUAGUGCGAGAACACAGGAGAGAACCCGAGACUCGAGCAGAACCGGCCGUUAGAUUCUGACUCCGUUCUGUGUGUGGACGCUGCAGAGAACUGGCGAUGGCUUCAUGAUGGACGAAUACAUCUGAGCACCUGGAGUUCACCUCACCGUUCUCCACCAGGAAAUGUGCUUCAGACGAAGAACCAGGUGAGGCUGAAGAACCGUGAAGCAUGGAGCUGAUGGAGCUUUCUACAGCAUUCGUGCUCUUCAGCGUGUUAAUGACGGCGAAGGCACUGAUCGACUCUGACGAUGUCAUUACUCGGGAUGAGCAGAUCUUCCUCCUGAUUCGUGCACGGGCAAGGUGUGAGAGAAGCAUCCGAGCCCAGUUGAGCACGGUACGAGUUGGUGACUGUGUGCCGGAAUGGGACGGCAUCAUCUGCUGGCCGAGAGGGAAGCCCAAUCAGCUGGUAGCUGUGCCCUGCCCUGAGUAUGUUUACGAUUUCGACCACAGAGGUCGUGCGUACCGUAACUGCGACACGUCGGGGAACUGGGAGCAGGUUCCCACCAUCAACCGUACCUGGGCUGAUUACACUGAGUGCACGACGAAGCUGCAGUCCAACCAUGGCAGGCAGGAGGAGGAGGUGUUCAGACGGCUUCAUGUGAUGUACACUACAGGUUACUCCAUCUCUCUGACCUCGUUACUGGUGGCCGUCUUCAUCCUCUGCUACUUCAAACGUUUACACUGCACUCGUAACUACAUCCACACCCACCUGUUCACCUCCUUCAUAUGCCGAGCAGUCAGCAUCUUCGUGAAGGACGCUGUGCUCUACACAAAGGAAGACACUGAAGCAGAGUACGGAGAAGUGGGAACCCAAGCUCAGAUGGCGGGCUGUAAAGUGGCCGUGACCUUUUUCCACUAUUUCCUGGCGACCAAUCACUACUGGAUCCUGGUGGAGGGCCUGUACCUGCACAGUCUGAUCUUCAUGGCUUUCCUGUCUGAUAAAAAUUACCUGUGGGCUCUAACCAUCAUAGGCUGGGGCGUUCCCGCUGUUUUUGUCUCAAUUUGGGUCAGUGUUCGAGCCUCGCUGGCUGAUACACAAUGUUGGGAUAUCAGUGCAGGGAAUGUGAAAUGGAUUUUUCAAGUUCCAAUCCUUGCAGCCGUCGCUGUCAACUUCUUUCUUUUCCUCAACAUCAUUAGGGUUUUGGCGUCAAAGCUGUGGGAGACUAACACGGGGAAACUGGACCCGAGGCAGCAGUACAGGAAGCUGCUGAAGUCGACGCUGGUGCUGAUGCCACUCUUCGGGGUACACUACGUGGUGUUCAUGGGUCUUCCUUACACAGAGGUCACUGGGCUGCUUUGGCAGAUCCAGAUGCACUACGAGAUAUUCUUCAAUUCGUUACAGGGCUUUUUUGUGGCCUUCAUCUACUGUUUCUGCAAUGGAGAGGUGCAGGCGGAGGUGAAAAAGGCGUGGCUGAGGCGGAGCCUUGCUCUGGAUAUCAAGCAAAAAGCACGCGUAGUCAGCAGCAGUGGGGGCGGGAGCUGUUACUACGGCGGCAUGACAUCACACACCACCACUCAGAGCAUCUGUCUUGGUGCUCAGGGACCAAUCCUGGCUCGGGGUGUGGCCUUAGGAGUCAGAGGCCAAUCGCAUGUUGCUAACCUGCCAGGGUACACACCCAAUGAGACUGCAGAGACCACAUUACCCACAGUUCAGCAGUCAGAACUGAGAAGGGCCGAGAGCAUGGGGACACUGUAUGAUCAGAAUGGGCAAAUAAAUGUAGGACCUCGUGAGGAGGAGGAGGUAUUAGAGAAAGAGCCAUCACUAUACUUUAUAGCUGAAGAUCAUUCCGGCUCGGUGUCACUGAAAGAUCUGGAAACGAUUCUAUGAAAAACUUUGAGUUGUUAAACUUCAGCUGGCUAGUAGGUUUUGUUUUCUCUAGCAAUUGUAAUGGUAAAUGUUUGAAACUGAUGUAUAUCAUAUUUUUAUUAUUUCCUUAGUCAAAACUACUGAAGUGACCAGCAUUUGUAUUUAGUUAUGGAUAUUUAUUUGAUGAUUAGUCAUAAUCUACUGCAUUGAUAUAAGAAAUUAGCAUAGGGUUUGUUUUGAUUUAGCAACUCAAAAGCUAGCUACUAGCUAGGGUAGAUGUAUGAAAACAUUCUUAAGUGGGUGUAAAUACUGUGCCUUGAAUUUCAUCCCCCCAUCCCCCAACCCCACCCAGCGUGAACAUUUCUUUAUUUUGUAGUGUUACAAACUGAAAUGGACUUAAUCGGGAUAUUACCAUUUGAUUUACACAAUAUGUCUAAUUUAGAUCCUGCAUAUCUAGAUCUUGCAUCUAGAUCUUUAUAUUUUUGCCUAUUCUUCUUGACAAAAUUGCUCAAGCUCUGUCAGCUUGGAUGCAGACCACUGAUGAACAACAGUGUUCAAAGUCUUGCCUCAGAUUCUCAAUAGGUUUGAGUACUGGGACAUUCUAACACAUUCAGGUUCUUAGUUUUGAACCACUCCAGUGUAGCUUUGGCAGUAUGCCUGGGGUAAUUGUCCUGUUGGAAAGUGAAAUGCUGCCCCAGUCUCAAGUCUCUUGCAGACUGAAUUAAGUUUUCUUCUAGGGUUGCCUUGCAUUUUGCUCCAUCCCCCAACCAGCUUCUCAGUCCGUGCCGAUGAAAAGCAUCCGCACAAACUGAUGCUACCACCAUCAUGCUUCACAGUGGGGAAGGUUUUCUUAGUGUAAUGGGAGGGAGCAGAAGGGUUGGAUAGCACUUCGUUCCAAAAAGUAUUAUUUUGGUCUCAUCAGGCAAAAGAGGCAGUCAUGGCCUAACGGAUAGAGAGUCGGACUUGCAACCCGAAGGUGAACCUGAAGGUUGUGGGUUCGAGUCUUGGGUCCAGCAGGGAUUGUAGGUGGGGGGAGUGAAUGACCAGCGCUCUCUUCCACCCUCAAUACCACGACUGAAGUGAGACCCUUGAGCAAGGCACUGAACCCCCAAACUGCUCCCCGGGUGCUGCAUCAAAAAAGGCUGCCCACUGCUCCGUGUGUGUGUGUGUGUGUGUGUUCACUACUGUGUUUGUGCACUUGGAUGGGUUAAAUGCAGAGCACAAAUUCCAAGUAUGGGUCACCCUACUUGGCCACAAGUCACUUCACUUUACAGUUUUUAUUAUUAGGUGUAAUGGCUCAGUGGGAUUUUCAAAGUUUGGGAUCUUUUUUUAUAACCAAACCCUAAGUGAUUCUUUUCCAGAACUUUGUCCCACACUUGUCCCAAGACACUCCUUGGUCUUCAUGAUGUUGUUUAAUUGGGUAUGUUCUUCCAGGAACAUGUGUAUUUACAGUAUAUUGAGAUCACAUGACACUUCAUUUGCACACAGGUCGACCCCAUUCAACUAAUUAUUUAACUUCUGAUGGCAGCUGGUGCAUUUUUUUAUUUGCAACUAAUUUUGAAACCAUAUUGAUUUUUGAUUCUCACUUCAAUAUUAUGGGAUUUUAUGUGCAGUUUUAUAACUUAUAAUCCCAGUUAAGUCCAUUCAGUUCCAGGUUGUAACACAACAAAAUGUGGAAAAGUUCAAGGGGGUGAAUACUUGUGUAAGGCACUGUACAUAUUUCAUUUAUAGUAUAACAAGCAGUCAAACAAAUACAAUUACAAAUCAUUAGAAUCAUCUUGCAAAACAGAAAUAUGUAGGUGGUUUUAUAUGCUAUUUAGCAAGCUAGCUAGUUUUUUUAUAUGACUAAACAAUGCUAGAUCAUGAGCACAAAACAUUUUUCAUUCAUACUGAAAAAAAAUUAUGUAUUUGAAAAAAAAAUCAUGAAAAAAAAAAUCAUGUACUGAAACAUCUGCAUGAAGUCAUCAUUCGUAAAUGUACCACGCAGUAUAAUCCAGGUAGGAUUAGCAUGUUGCUGGUUAGCUUUAACUAUUUUUUUAACUAAAGCAAACUAUUUUAACUAAAGCAACACACAUUGAAGAUAUAAUAUAAAAUGGUUUUAUUGUUUAUAGUGUUUCAGUUUAGAUUUUUAUCGAAAAUUGCGCUGUUGCCAUGAAACAGAUGUGUUUGUAUUAGAUGCAAUGAUUGUAUCUAGCUUCUUUUACACCAAACCAUUUUAGCAGACUGUCUUUAGCUGCACCUACAUUGUCAUGUGUAGCUAUCUCACUACUUUACUUUUACUGGAACCUGUUGUACAGAGGAGUGCAAAAGUUUGUGCACCCUUAGAUAUACAUGAUGUUAAAAUUGGUUUUCUGUAUGCAAUAUAUCUAUUUUUAUAAAUAUUAAUAUUAUUAUAUAAUUUGUAAAAUUCACCC